UCUCUCGUUUGGCGGUGAAUCGAUAAUACUUUACCCUUCUUCAGUUCUUAAAUUCCAGUUAUUUGCUGUUAUUAACAGGAUUGGGGAACAAGUGUUUUAAUGUCACGUCGCGAAAGAAUUCUAACAAAAUGGAGCUUUCAAACAAACUCCGUUGGGAGCAACUCCUGAUUUUGGCAGCAGCGCUUAUGUCACCUGCGGUAAAGGUGCUGUGCAAUGAUAUCCUCAGCCUGAAGGUGGCAGGAGACCCAGUGCUCACCCCUAACUCUGUUUGUCUGAGGCUGCCAGGCCUCAGUAAGAGGCAGAUGAGAAUGUGUGUCCGCAGUCCUGAUGUCACAGCCUCUGCCCUGCAGGGCAUUCAGGUGGCUCUACAUGAAUGCCAGCAUCAGCUCCGGGAUCAGCGCUGGAACUGUUCAACACUGGAGGGUCAGGACAAGCUGCCCCACCACAACAUCAUCCUCAACAGGGGUUUCCGUGAGAGCGCCUUCUCACUGGCUCUGCUGGCAGCGGGUGUGGCCCACUCUGUGGCCACUGCAUGUAGUAUGGGUAAACUGCGGGGCUGUGGCUGUGAGGCCAAGCGCAGAAUCGACGAUGACAAGAUUCGUCUAAAACUUUCUCAGCUGCAGCUGCAGACGCUGCAGAAAGGCGGGGUGGGCAGGCCCCGCGUGCUUCCUGCUGAGAUGACCGGUUUCCAUGGCAACCUACCUGCUCACCUUCACACUACUCAUCCCUCCAUUAUCCUCAAGACUUUACCCAAUGAGCUGAGCUCUAUGCAGGAGACUUGGGAAUGGGGCGGCUGUAGUCAUGAUGUCCGCUUUGGGGACCGUUUCGCCAGGGACUGGCUUGACACUCGAGGUUCUCCAAGAGAUAUCCAUGCCCGGAUGAGAAUGCACAACAACAAAGUUGGGCGACAGAUAGUGACUGACAACAUGAAGAGGAAAUGCAAAUGUCAUGGAACAUCAGGGAGCUGUCAGUUCAAAACCUGUUGGCAUGUGUCACCAGAGUUUCGGCUUGUCGGUUCUAUACUCAAGGAGAAAUUUCUAUCGGCCAUUUUUGUCAACUCUCAGAACAAGAACAAUGGUGUUUUUAACCCACGAUCUGGGAAUAGUGCAAGAGGAAGCACUGGAGGAUUUAAGGGAGGUCGCCGCCGUACAAUGUCCAGAGAACUCGUGUACUUUGAGAAGUCUCCAGAUUUUUGUGAAUACGAUCCAUCCAUCGACUCUUUGGGUACACAGGGUCGCACCUGCAACAAGACCAGCUACAACACAGACAGCUGCAGCUCAUUGUGUUGUGGCCGGGGACACAACAUCUUAAAGCAGACUCGAAAUGAACGCUGUAAUUGCAGAUUCCACUGGUGCUGCUACGUGUUAUGUGAUGAGUGUCGUCUCACGGAGUGGGUCAACGUGUGCAAGUAGAGAGGAGUUGUGAUACUGCAUCGGUUUUUCCACUUGUGUAACCUUCCUGGUGACUGUUUAUUCCCCAGAUCCUCUUUUUUGCUCCAUCAUCUGGGAUCUAUUUUCUCUUUAGCCUCUGUUAUUCUCAGAAUGCCAAGUCAGAGAAUGAAUAGGUGACUCAUGUCACUUGCCUCGCAUUUGUGUUUAGACGCUGCUCUAUCAGGCCUGGGUAACCCCUGUGUCACUCAAGCUGUUUGUGUAAAUGUGUACAGUACUUUUUCAUGCACUAGUGUAUUUAUGUAAAUCUACAUUCACUUUUUUCUGAGUUGUUAACCUUACAGUAUCCAUGUUUGGUGAUAUGUUUUCACGAUUGAGAAGUGUACAGUAUAUUUUUUUUUAUAGCUGUGAAAUGCCAUUGUUUAUUUUUGUAUCUAAAUGUUAAAACAAAAUUGAACUACCAACACCAUGUAUUUCACAAUGCAUUUCUUUGCAUCAAUAUGUAGAUAUUGCUGUUUAAAAUUAGACGCAAUUCAUGGGUGGUUGUAUUGAAAAUUCAGGGAUACUUUAAAUGUAUCCCACAUGCAAUGUAGGGAUGUUAAAUUGGCUAAUGGACCGAUUCUGAAGAAAUGCUGCUGAGUGUUCUGUAGCAGUCUCAAUGGGGUGUAAGCGCUACGCUCUGUUUUAGGAGGUGCAAGGCUUUUUUACGACCACUUUAUGCAGAUAGAAGAACGUUUUAAGACUUUUAUUUUUGGAGUGCAUUAAGUGACAGGGAGAGGGAGUUUUGAGGGGUCUACCAGUCUUUGCUAGUGUGAUCAUCCAAGGGGAUCAUCUGUCCUGGGUUCAUAUCCAAGGACUGGAAAACCAAGUCUGUCUGAGAUUUUAAUGAUGCGAGUGUCAAAGAUAUACAUUGUGCAAAUGGCAUAUCAACUGUAAAUCAUUUGACUGCAGUUUAGAUAAGAGAUAAAUAAGAAUGUGGUCUGUGAUUAAUCAGUGCAUUCCAUUUCAAUAAAAAAAAAAAAAUUGAUCAAAUAAAACAUUACAGAAAAGCAAUUGCAAUUCACUAAUGUGUAAAUGUUAGUGAAAACAUGUGACAUUGGCUGACUUAUUAAAACCAUGCAUGCAAGUAGCAGAUUCCUGGUAGUAAAAGUGCACUUGUGUUUAUUAUGCUGCAGAUGUAGUUUUCAGAUGUCAGCACCUGAAGGAUUUACUGUACUACUGCAAUGUUGAGAAGAUUCAGUCUGUCUCCUCUGUUUUGUAUGGAGAUGGUUAUCUGCAGUGGGACAUUCCCUUAUUGCCAGAAUGUGAAUGUGCUAUAAAAUGUUGUGACACUGGUCAAACUAUGAUGGGUGUACAGUGGAGCAAUAAACUGAUAUAAAU